AUGCUUGCUUAGUAAGAUUUAUUUAUUGAUUAUUGAUUUGGGAUCCUUCUCUCACUCUCCCUCAACACACACGAAGAAGAAUCUCUUAUCCUCUCUUAUAUCCCCCUUUUUUCUGAGCCCUAUUCAUCACUUCAAUUCGAUUCAAUUCAAUUCCUUUCCUUCUUUUCACUCUCAGAUCUCAAUUCGUCUUUUCACUUUCCACCUUGAUCUGAUCAGACAUGUACCAAUAAUACACAUAUAAUUAAUUUCCCCUUCUGAAUUCACAAACCUAUUUAACCUGAUUCUUCAUUCUUCUUGCGUUGAUCGGUGACUGGAUCAUCGUCUGAUCCUAAAGCUUUCACACUUCAGACUUCGAGUUCGAGGUUGUGAGAAUAUAUAUAUUAUAAAGGUAGAAUGGGUUCUUUGAAUCUGAAGGGACCGGUUGUGAUCCCCACUGUUCGUGCCAAAGUAGCAGGGCUCUGCAGUGUUCCUUUAAUUGGACCAAUGAAGGCUAAGUGUAUUCGAACUGAAUUUUGGGGACUCAGGUGUAGCAGAGAUAAGGCCACUGUUCUUUCUUUCCAUAUAAACAUGCGAAAGUGCAAGAGCAAGACUGUGCAUUGCAGUUUCAACUCACCUUCAAAUGGGAGCGGAAGUACGGCUGAGAAUUUUGAUGAAAAGGAUGAAGAUUAUGUUAACUCUAGCGUGGUUGAAGCUGUUGAGGUGAGGAGUGGAGCAGAUGGUUUCAUGAUCAAAAUGAGGGAUGGUAGGCACUUAAGAUGCAUCCAUAACAGUCCUCAUGGAGGGCUUCUUCCAGAUUAUGCCCCUCAUCCUGCUAUUGUGUUGAAGAUGGAGGAUGGGACUGGUUUACUUCUUCCUAUUAUUGUUUUGGAGAUGCCAAGUGUCUUGCUAAUGGCAGCCUUACGCAAUGUUCAUAUAGCUAGACCUACUUUAUAUCAAGUAGUGAAGGAGAUGAUUGACAAGAUGGGAUACGAAGUUAGAGCUGUUAGAGUUACUAAGAGAGUUCAUGAGGCAUGACAAUAUGACUUAUAUUUGGUAUAGGUUGGAAAUGAUUCAGAAUGUAUGAGCUUUGACCUUCGACCUUCAGAUGCUAUCAACAUUGCUGUGAGAUGCAAGGUGCCAAUACAAGUCAACAAGUACUUGGCAUACAGUGAUGGGAUGAGAGUAAUCGAAUCAGGCAAACUAUCAACACAAUCCCCUGGUUCAGAUGGCCCAUUGUUUACUGAACUGGACCGGCCAAGUGGUAAGCCUUGUACUGAAACCAAAGAAUUCAAUCUUUUGCACAACAUGUUGAAAGCUGUUGUUGAAGAGCGCUAUCAGGAUGCUGCUUUAUGGAGGGACAAACUUAAUCAACUUAGGGCUGGGAAAAACACAAAUAAAAGAUCCUGGACACUUUAAAUUGUAUAUUCAAUCCAACAUUAGAAUGGCAAUGCAAUUGAUAGAGCACGUGGUUGAAGUACCUAUCCAAUCUUCUGCCGACACAAGUUUAAUAUCUUUGUAAAUAUUUGUACAUACUAUAUAUAUAAAUAAUAAACAUUAAUGUUAAUGCAACAUCAGAACUUCAUCGCUA